UGCUCAUUAGAAAAGCCGUGAAAUGCCGUGCGGCCUGGUACUGAGCGCAAAAACACAGAAAGCCUUAGUCAAUAUGAACUUGAUUAUCAACCCUUGUCCACAGGUUUACUUAUGUUAAUCCGGGUUGGUCAUCUUGUGGUUUCUUCACUAAAUAGAUGGUGAAUGACAUCUCCUUUUGAUGGAAGAGAUAAAACACACCUUAUUCAAAAUUUAUCAAUUGUAGUGCGAUUUCUGAACAAAACAAACAAAAGAAAGAAGAAAUAUCGACAAUGGAUCAUGAAACGGAAACAUUUACAAUUAACUCAGCUGGCUCGGACUCCGAACUCGAUCCUGUCCAAAACAAGAGUGAAAUGAGCCAUAUCACUGAAGACGAACAACCACUUCACAUAUUUGCCUUUGGCGUGUUUGGUUUCAUCCUCCAGAUUUUCUUCUCCAUUGGAAUCUCGGCAUCUCAAGACAUCUUGGAAGAAACUUUAGUACCCACUCCGUUUCUGUUAAUAUCUGCCUCGCUGCCUUUCUUCGUCAUUACCUCUAUCUUGCCUUGCUUAGUCUUAAAGUUGCCGCACAAGGCUCUUCUGGUGCCAGUAGUGGGGCUGGGUAUCACCGGCGUGUUGUUAUACGCUCUGGUUGAGGCCGUCAUUCUUCGCGUCACCGGAGUCAUCGUCGUGUCCACCGGGGUCGCCAUUGGCGAGGUCACUUUCGUCUCGAUGACAGCGCUGUACAGCGACACGGCGAUGAGUUCAUAUUCAGCAGGGACUGGCGUGGGAUUCAUUGCUGGGCCCUUGUACUACACCGCAAUGACAACUUUAAUUUGCCUGCCUCCUGAAACGACUGUCCUUAUCAUUUCUUGGAUGCCUGCAGUUAUCUUCCCUUUUUACAUCACAAUCGAGAGACGACGUUUCAAGCCACUGGGAGACAUGAUAAACCACAAAGGGAUCGCUUAUAAUGUACUUAAUACUGAAAAAUCUCCAGUGGAAGAUAACCUAUCACGUGACGAGAAAAGAACGUUAAUCUGGCAUAACUUGCAUCCUAUGUUGGCCUGUUUCGUGGGUUACUUUUCUGAGUUUUUGACUCUCAAUGGCGUUGUUACAACUCUGGCCUUCCCAGACUCAUUUUUCGAUCAGAGGAACCAUUUUGUAUACUAUGCAUGCGUGUUUAUGAUUGGAGAAUGCAUCGGUAGAUCCUACCUAAGUAUCUUGUUCAUUCUCAAUUCAAAAUGCACGCCUGUUAUCGCAAGAACAUGGAUUUUAUCCGCAGUGCUUUUGGGUUUGUUCAUUUUCUUAACGUUGGCGUCCUGGUAUCGCUUCCUCCACAGUGUCUGGAUUGUCUUAUUUCUCAUUUUCAAUGUGGGGCUUUCGGCGGGAAGCCUUUACCUAAAUACGUUUCUCGUGAUAACCGGCGGUGAUGACGUCAAAGGCAAGGCGUUUUCGCGCGCUUUUCUCUCAUUCGGACCCAGCGCCGGUGUCUUAAUGGCGGGCUUAGUUGGGCUCGUAUUAGAACCAACUUUAAGAGAACAUUGUUUGCAAUCAGCGAAAUUCAGAGACUUUUGUUUUACGAGGUCAAUGGGUGGGUGGAAUAAGUCUACAUCGUGUUUGCGGUAGUUGAACAUUCUUUAUAAUUUUUUUGUUUUUGUUUUUUGUUCUUCAACGACAGAGGUUUCUGAAUCGAAUAUUCAUUAUAAAACAUGAAAAUAUAAAUUACGUAUGUGAAAGUAAGUCGUGAGGAUAGUCUUGAAAUAAGCCUCACCAAAAGAAAAUAAUUAUGAAUCAUUUACUCUUGGCUUUAUGUAACAAAUCCAGCAUUCUUGCAAAGUAGAAAUCCCACUCUCCGUUCUCCCUGAAACCAUGUGAUCCCCAAAUUAACCAUCCCCUCUCGGCGAUAAAAAAAGUCUGGUCCCUCCCCCGUUAUAUUAUCGAUAUCAUGGCUUUCGUAACUCCUUGAUGAUCGAAACAUCGAAUCACAAUACGUGUUUUUUUUUUAAAAACUCAAUUAAGUUUUGAAACUGAUGGCCUAAUUUCUAGUACAACCCGAGAAAAUCAAUGAGGCUCCCCCAACGGAACUUCUUGAAAAUCAAGAAUGGGUCAAAGCAGGAGCCUAUCAAACACGAAGGCGCGCUAUAAAUGGAGCCUUAGGUCCCACUGGACCAUUUGUCAAUCAACCGUCGUGUGCUGUAG